UAAACUGUACAAAAUAUUUAGUUUCAGACAGAGUUGCCUUAAUAAAAUGGUACUUUUCAGGCUUCUUGCAGUAUCGCAACUUUAAAAAAGAAAAAAAAAAAAAAAAACCCAGCAAAAUCUGGACUAUUGAUGACAAUGAUGACAGUUCUCUGGAUCUGGCUGUGUUUUGUGCAGCAGCAGCUCUCCCCAGGGUGGACUUGUGUCCAUGCACAGAGCCCAGCCUUCUCCUGCCACUGAGCAGAGCAGCCCCGGUGCGUGCGGCAGAGCUGAGGAGCUGGCGUGUCCCCCUGAAACUUUCUCCCCUAUCUCUGCUGUGAGGUGUGUUCGUGUGCCAAGGAGGGGGAGAGAGAGACCCAGUGCAAAGGAGAGCAAGCAAGGAAGCCAAGGGAGAGAAGGGAGCUUGUUUCAUGCACUGCUGAAGGCUGUCAGAGGCAGAGCGCAGCAGCAGCUCACCGGUGGGGUGCAAUUUAAGGGACAACGCUUAUUGACUUUAUUCACUGAAUUGCUGAAGGACAGAUAUGACAUCUGACUGGUGCAUCUAUAUAUUCUUGCUUAUUGGAACAAAGGUCGUUCGUGACACUUUGGAAGACCCUGUUUCCAGAGGCAGUGCCGCCUGCCCCUUGGGCUACUUUCCCUGUGGCAAUAUCACAAAGUGCUUGCCCCAACAACUUCACUGUAAUGGUGAGGAUGACUGUGGGAAUCAUGCUGACGAAGACAACUGUGAAGACAACAAUGGAUGGUCUCUGCAGUUCGACAAGCAUUACGCAAAGAGGAAAUACAGCAAAGUGAAAUCCCUGUACGCGUUUCAGACCAGGACAUCGGAGUGCUUGGCUGGUGCUGUACCAGCAGAAUGUACGUGCCAAGGGCUGGAGGUCUCCUGCGAUGCUGCCCAACUGCGUGCCGUGCCUUUGGUCCCUUCAAACAUCACCAUGAUGUCUCUUCAGAAGAAUCUGCUAAGGAAACUUUAUGCUGAUGUUUUCAGAAAAUACCAAGGCCUUAAAAACCUGUAUCUCCAGGACAAUAAAAUCAGAGCCGUGUCCAAACAUGCUUUCAAGGGUUUAUACAACUUGACAAAACUAUACCUGAGUAACAACAAGAUAACCAACUUGAAGCCUCACGUCUUUGAAGAUCUCCAUAAACUUGAAUGGCUGAUAAUUGAAAACAAUAGGAUAAAUCGGAUCUCUCCAUCGACGUUUUAUGGACUCAAAUCACUUAUUCUCCUUGAGAUGAUGAAUAAUUCUCUUGCUCAUUUGCCUGACAAACCUCUGUGCCAAUAUAUGCCGAGACUGAACUGGCUAGACUUAGAAGGCAACCAUAUUCAUCACUUAAGAAACGUCACUUUCAUCUCCUGCAGCAGUUUAACUGUAUUGGUGAUGAGGCAAAAUAAAAUCAGAUCUCUGAAUGAAAACAGCUUUUCUUCUCUCCAAAUGCUAGAUGAACUGGACUUGGCUAGCAAUGAGAUUGAAUCACUUCCUGCAUAUGUGUUUAAGGAUCUAAAGGAACUUUCACAACUGAACCUUUCUUACAAUCCAAUCAAGAAAAUACAAAUGGACCAGUUUGAUUUUCUAACCAAACUCAAAUCCCUCAGCUUGGAGGGCAUUGAAAUUGCAAACAUCCAGAGAAGAAUGUUCAUUCCACUUAGAAACCUUUCCCACAUAUAUUUCAAGAAGUUCCAGUACUGUGGAUAUGCCCCUCACGUGCGCAGCUGUAAGCCUAAUACUGAUGGGAUUUCAUCCCUGGAGAAUCUUUUAGCUAGCAUUAUACAGAGAGUGUUUGUCUGGGUUGUAUCUGCCAUCACUUGCUUUGGAAAUAUUUUUGUUAUCUGUAUGAGGCCUUACAUCAGAUCGGAAAAUAAGCUCCACGGCAUCUCAAUAAUGUCUCUCUGCUGUGCUGACUGUCUGAUGGGAAUAUAUUUAUUUGUGAUUGGAGCUUUUGAUCUUAAAUAUCGUGGAGAAUACAACAAGCACGCUCAGUUGUGGAUGGACAGUAUUCAUUGUCAAUUGGUGGGAUCGCUGGCUAUUCUGUCUACAGAGGUGUCAGUCUUACUGUUGACUUACCUGACUUUGGAGAAAUACAUCUGCAUAGUUUAUCCUUUUAGGUGUUUGAAGCCCAGAAAAUGCAGGACAAUUUCCAUUUUAGUUCUUAUCUGGAUAAUUGGGUUUGUUGUUGCUUUUAUUCCACUGAGCAAUAAGGAAUUUUUCAGGAACUACUAUGGCACCAAUGGCGUCUGUUUCCCUCUUCACUCAGAGCAAUCAGAAAGUUCAGGAAGUCAGAUUUAUUCUGUUGUCAUUUUUUUAGGUGUAAACUUGGCAGCUUUUCUCAUCAUUGUCUUUUCCUACGGAAGUAUGUUCUACAGUGUUCACCAAACAGCCAUUAUGGCUACUGAGAUUCAGAAUCAUAUCAAAAAAGAGAUGACACUGGCCAAACGUUUUUUCUUCAUUGUAUUUACUGACGCACUGUGUUGGAUACCCAUUUUUAUUUUGAAACUCCUUUCUUUACUGCAAGUAGAAAUACCAGGUACCAUAACAUCUUGGGUGGUGAUUUUUAUCUUGCCCAUAAAUAGUGCUCUGAAUCCUCUUCUCUACACUUUGACUACACGACCCUUCAAAGAGAUGAUUCACCAGUUCUGGUACAACUACAGACAAAGAAGAUCCAAAAGGGGCAAAGGCAGUCAGAAAGCUUACGGUCCGUCCUUCAUUUGGGUAGAGAUGUGGCCAACGCACGAAAUCACACCAAAGCUAACUAACCCUGUGCUUUGUACAGACUCCUCUGAAGCCUCUGUCACUACACAGUCAACAAGACUAAAUUCCUGCACGUAAAUACGUUUGGAAUCUUCACAGCGAUGUCUGCACGCCUGUGGAGUUGCUGCUUUGCAACAACGAUGACAAGCGAGGGAGAUACGACGCCUGGGCUCCUGCGCACCAGAACUCAAAGCAGGAGGAAGCACAGUGUGGCUGCUUGCAGGUAGAACCAAUGUAUCAAGUGUUAUUUCCACCUUGCAACAGUUCCUGCUAUUUUGACAACUCGUUCUAGUUCAGAAUGAGAAGUCAAUCUCUUCCUUCUUUUUUUUCCUCCAGCAAGCCAGGAGUGUGGGGAAAAAAAAAAAAAAAAAUGAAGUGAUAUUUAAAACAUCUCAUAUUGAAAUCACAGCAUUUCAAAAUCAUCUAUCUUUGGGGGAAAAAAGGCUAUUUUCAAUAAACUUUUUAUAGUUUAAAAAAAAUACCCAUUUCAACAGCUCUUUUAUUUUUCAGAGUUGACUGGUUUCAUCUUCAAAAUCAUACUCCUCUCGAGAUUUCUGAGUGGUAGACUUUUUAGACUGCAUACAGCUCUUAAAAGCUUUUGGGAAUAGCAGUAAGAAAAUAUUUUCAUUUCAUAAUUAGAUGACUUUAUUGUAUUUGUCAAGGUCAAAAAGGUGGAAACAUUAUUCCUUUUAUCAACCGUUUCACCCAUACAACUGUUGUAAUUCAAGCAGAAUCAGAAUAUUCUUUUUUAAAUGUGUUUCUCAACUGUGUGUCCUCCAGCUGUUAACUAGAGGAAAUUUCUCCUUUUGGAAGAGUUAGGAAGACCAAACUGAGCACCCCAAUAUCUUGACGCUGCUCUUCUCCUCACCAUUUCAUUAUGAGCUACACUAAAUAGCUCCCAACAGCUUACACACUUCAACAGGUUUUAGCCUUUAUCUAUCUCUGCAUGUUGAAUAACAGGAGGGUGCCAAAGAGAUGACUGUCAGUCUUAGUAAGCUUCAUCACAUAUACAUUCAGUCUCCUUGUAUACCUGAACAGAUGCAAUAUGGCUAAAAAAAUGUUAGGAACAGCACAGAUCUGCACUUUUUGGGCUGCUUUUUUCCUCCUUGUAAUAGAACAGCACAAUAAUGUCAUCAAGCUGAAACAAACCUCUGCACCCCAGAAAAAAGGUGUUAAGGAUAGAUGUAGAGGCAGUUCUUUUGCAUACACACACCUAAGAUCUUUUCCCUUAAGAAUUACUGUGAUUUCUUUUCUUCUUUUAGUACCACAUUCCCAGCCCAAUGGCUUGGAAGCCCAAGAAGGUAAAAUAAAUUCUUUUGUAUUGGUGAUUUGAAGCUUUUUAAAAUGAAGUUAAAAGAUACUUCUGGUGUUUGCACUUAACUUCUUAAUAAUGUAAGAAGUAGAAUUAAAAAUAGUGUGACUCACACUUCAGCUGUUUACAGAACUUUGGAUUAUCUUGAAAUCAAAAGUUAAGCAUCUACUGUAAGUUCAAUCAAAAUAAAAGAUUGUCCAUUGAACAAAA